AAACAGAUAUUAUUUAUGUAAUUUGUCAAAUAAAAGAUUGUACACGCAAAUAUGCUCAUCAUGGUUCUACAACUAAUUAUACAAAACAUCUUUGUGAUGAUCAUCAUAUUAUUGAAGUUUCAUUAUCUUCAAAAACUCCAGAAGAAAUAAUAGGAACAAGACAACCAUUAUCUAUUGUUGAAAUACAUAAUUCAUAUUUGGAUAUUAUUGCCCAUUGGAUUAACAAAGAAUUUGAAAUUUGUAACAUGGUUUUAAAUAUUGGAAAAAUACCAUAUCCACAUACUGGUAUUGAAAUUGCUCUAACAAAAUUGGAAAAAGAUUGGAUCCCAUGUGCUGCUCAUACAUUACAAUUAUUAGUUACUAAAAGAUUGAAAAUAAUUGAUCCUCUAAUAACAAAAGUAAAAAAUCUUAUUAUUUUUUUGGAAAGUGAUAAAAGAAAACAACAAUUAAGACAUGUACAAGUUAUGUGUAAUCAAAUUCAAGAAAAUGAAACAGUUGAAAUUAUUAAGCCUAUAGAUAUAAAGUGA